CUUAGAAGCGACUUUUCUUUAUCCAACAACCAACACAUAAAAAAACCACACCACAAAACAUUAUGCCGCUCCCGUCGUCCUUGGCUGAUAUUGCACAAAAGUCGGCAGUGCUGUUCCUUGCCGGAACUACAGUAUACUACAUGGUCAAUGUUGGUAUGCUUGUCAAUCGUAGAAUGGAAUUAAAGAAGCAAGGCAAGCUUGAAGAGGAGCUGGCACGGUUAACCGGUAUUUCCUCCUCGGGUGACAAGAACCAUUUGCAUGCAGAAACCGCCACAACGCCGACGCCCAUGGCAUCAAACGAUCAGCCCGGCUGCACCCCUACACAACCUCAUGGCGAAACAGCUUAAAGAGCCAUAUAUUCCAUCUAAUUGAUAUUGCGUUCCAAUACAACAACGUGUCAUUUCCAUCAAGCCACUAUACAAGCAUGCUCAGCUCUUAACUCACAUACAUCCAUUCUGUACAUCAUAUCCAA